UGAGUACACUAAUUCGAUAAUCGACCAAGAAAUACAAAUUGCAACAGUCUAAAGUAAUUAUAAAGAUACAUCGUAGCGGUUGGUAGACGUCCCCGUGCGCCAGUGAGAAUGCUGCUGAUUGGAGCGAACAUCCCCUCGUUUCCCGAAGAGGAAAAGUGAGAACGAAGACGGGGGACCGAAUUCCCGUAAAGGAGACGACGAUGAUAAGGCCAAUGAUGACUUCACUUUCAAGGCCAAAUCUCCCUUCCGUUUUCCCAACUCCUCCUCCCUCCCUCCCUUGCACGCCCAGAGUCCUCCACCACCGCAUGCCCGCAUUCUCCCUCCCUCAAGCAAUUUCGCCCCUCCUCUUCUUAUGCACGACGCCACGGGGAGAAAAGGGCAGAGGAAGAAAGCAAGCGGACGCCCUCUCCUGGGGUCUCUCUGUAUCUCAGCAAUGGCGUGACGGACGUUACAUUAACCUCGCCAGGCGCUAUCUUUUCAGGGACUUGGGAAAUGGGUUCGUGCGUUUCUGCCCAGAGAAGCUCUUCCUUGGAGUCCGCCGUGAAACGCAGCUUGUCCUCCGCCUCCCGGAUGGAGAAGCCGGCGGUUGCUCCGCCGCUCGCCGCCGCAAGUGAAGUCCCGGUCGCCGCAGCCGGUAUGGUCGUCGGUGUUCCUCUCGGGUCUCGCCGGACGCUGACUUUCUCCGAUUUUGGCAGCAAAGAGGAUAACUUUUUUGAUUCUCAAGCCUGGAUGGAGUCGGACUGUGAAGAUGAAUUCUUCAGUGUAAAAGGCGAUUUCACUCCUUCUCGCGGCAAUACUCCGGUCCAUGAUAGCUUCUUUACGAGCACACCUCAAAGGAUCACAACCUUUUUUAAGGACGAAACACUGGGUUCCAUUCCCAAACCUAUUCCAGCUGAUGGCAAAAAGAAAUUGGCUGAACUUUUCCAGGAGAGUUUCCAAGGUGGCCAACGUAUCAAUGGUGACAAUAAAUUUUCCAAUAACCCCACAAACCCGGCACGAGGGAUUUCUAGUGCAUCUGGGGCUAACUCUGUUCACAGCAGCAAGAGGACUGCUGGUGGAAGUUCGACGAUCGUCGAGGAGAAACAUGUCACGCCAUUUCAGGGUUGCCUUUCGAGCUUGGUAUCGUGUGGCGGUUCUAGUAAAAGGAGAAGGAAGAUGACCCCUGCCGCAGCUAUACAUGGCUUGGCCUCAGGCCCUCAGCCUUUAGAUGAAUAAGCUCGUGGGCCUAACAUUUGGAUUAAUAAGUACGGGCCACGAAAGGUGAAUUGGGGAUUUUUUUUUUCAAAUUUCAAUUUAGGGUUUUAGGGUUACGAUGAUUUUCACCAAAAUAUGUCUGGAAAAGGUGCAAAAUGUGCAUGUGACGAGCACAUGUUCAUCGGCUAGCCAUUAUUUUCGAUGAUGAUGAGCUCAGGAGAGUUAUUGGGUCAAAGUGAUCAAGUUAGGG